AUGACAAGUAUUAAUAAUUCUACAAGAAUAAUGGAAAUAAUAAAUAAUGAGGCCAAUGAUCAUAAAAAUGGUGCUGAUAAAAAUUAUCAACAACAACAAACACCACCAACACUAACAAAUAGUAUUGAUCGAAAUAAUAUUUAUAUUAAUAAUGAUAAUGAGAGUAUAGCCAAUCCUUUGGAAAUAUCAAAUCUCGAAAAUGUAGAAAUAGAUAGUUUGGAUUUGGAAAGAGGAACUGUGAGAAACAAUAAUAUCAAUAGAAAAGUAACCAUUACUUUUAAAAAUGUAUCUUUUGAUUUGGUAAAAAAGAAAAAACAGUUGAAUAUCAUCAGAGAUAUCAAUGGAACGGUGGCACCUGGCGAACUGGUUGGAGUGUUUGGUCCUUCCGGGGCUGGAAAAACAACACUACUUGAUAUUCUUGCCAAAAGAAAGACCACUGGUGAAGUAUCUGGUUCCAUUUUAAUUAAUGGAUCAACUGUGAGUCAUGGUUACAAAAAGAUCUGUAGCUAUGUUACCCAAGAGGAUAAUUUACUUCCAACACUAACCGUUCAAGAAACCUUGAGAUUCUACGCUGAUUUGAGGCUACCACCAACUUUUUCCAGUCAACAAAAACAAGAGCGUAUCAAAUGGGUUCUCGAGAAGAUUGGAUUGAGUCAAAAAGCCAACUCUAAAGUAGGUGGUCCACUACCUGGUGGUGUAGUUCUCAGAGGAUUGUCGGGUGGUGAGAAACGUCGUGUCAAUAUUGGUUGUGGAUUGGUAACUAUGCCAUCGAUUAUCAUCUUGGAUGAACCAACAAGUGGAUUGGAUAGUAGUUCAGCAAUGUUAGUUAUGGAAUCUCUAAUUGGUUUGACAAAGAUCGAUCAUGUUACAGUAGUAUGUUCCAUUCAUCAACCUCGUUCUGAAAUCUAUCAUCUCUUUAGCAAAGUGUUGGUUCUAGGAAAAGGUCGAUUGGUUUACUAUGGUUCAGAACCAGUUAAACAUUUUAUAGAUUUGGGAAUACCAUUCCCUUUAGAAACAAAUCCUGCAGACUAUAUAUUGGAUGCUGUUACCAAACUCACGGAACGUGGACAAAUCAACCAAAUUGCUGACUCUCUAGGAGAAGGUUAUACACAGCAAGUGGAUAGCUACCUAAAGAUCUACAAUGAAUCAACUCCACCCGGUAAAGAAAAUAAUAUUUUUAACAAUACAAAUCAUUCCAAUAUUUGUAUGGAUAUGAUUAGACAAUUCUAUUUCUAA